CAGGGGUGACGGCUGGUCUCUCUCUCCUGCUCCAGUAACUGGAGGUACAGGUUCCCUCUUCACCAGCCUCAACUUCAUUUUUUAGAAGGUCCGGGCUGUGUACUGCUGCUACAACCAUGGCACCCAAAAAGAACAAGGCGACCAAAAAGAAUAAGGGAGACAUAAAUGAUAUGACCUUGAUGGUUGAGAACAGCCCCAUAAACAAGAUUAAUGGGUUAAACACUCUACUUGAAGGCGGAAAUGGCUUUAGCUGCAUUUCAACUGAAGUCACUGAUUCUGUGUAUGCCCCAAACCUCCUUGAAGGUUUAAGCAACAUGAGAAACGAAAGCUUCCUCUGUGAUCUAACAGUCGCCACCAAAUCAAAGUCAUUUGAUGUGCACAAGGUUGUCAUGGCCUCCUGCAGUGAGUACAUUAGAAACAUCUUGAAGAAGGACUCAGCCCUCCAAAAGAUAGACCUGAACGACCUCUCACCAGUUGGCCUUGCUACUGCGAUUACAUAUGCAUACUCGGGAAAGCUCACUCUGUCGCUCUACAGCAUCGGCAGCACUAUUGCUGCAGCCAUGUUGCUGCAGAUCGGCACCUUAGUGAAGAUGUGCAGUGACUUCCUCAUGCAGGAGCUCAGUGUGGAGAAUUGCAUGUAUGUAGCCAAUAUCGCUGAUGCCUACGACCUCAAAGAAACCAAGGAGGCGGCUCAGAAGUUCAUGAGAGAGAACUUCAUCGAGUUUUCUGAGAUGGAGCAGUUUCUGAAGCUCACCUACGAGCAGAUCAGCGAAUUCCUGUCGGAUGAUUCGCUGCAGCUACCUUCUGAAGUCACAGCCUUCCAGAUCGCCAUGAAAUGGUUGGACUUUGAUGAGAAGAGGUUAAAGUAUGCAGCAGAUCUUCUAACUCAUAUAAGAUUUGGCACUAUUACUCCCCAAGACCUGGUGAAUCAUGUCCAGAGUGUGCCUAGAAUGAUGCAGGAUUCUGAGUGCCACCGCCUCCUUGUCGAUGCUAUGAAUUACCAUCUGCUUCCGUACCAACAGAACAUCCUCCAGUCACGCAGAACAAAGGUACGUGGUGGCCUCAAGGUGAUUCUCACAGUUGGUGGUCGCCCUGCCUUGACAGAGAAAUCUCUCAGCAAAGACGUUCUCUACAGAGAUGCCGAUAACGUGUGGAAUAAACUGACGGAAAUGCCAGCAAAGAGCUUUAAUCAGUGUGUUGCAGUCCUGGAUGGAUUCCUAUACGUUACAGGGGGUGAGGACCAGAAUGAUGCAAGGAACCAGGCAAAGCAUGCCGUGAGCAACUUCUGCAGGUAUGACCCCCGGUUCAACGCUUGGAUACACUUGAGCAACAUGAUCCAAAGGCGCACCCACUUCAGCCUCAACACCUUCAACGGCCUCUUGUUUGCCAUCGGAGGGCGAAAUGCUGAUGGCGUUCAGGCCUCUGUGGAGUGCUAUGUGCCUUCAUCCAACCAGUGGCAGAUGAAAGCUCCCAUGGAGGUGCCCCGCUGCUGUCAUGCCAGCUCCGUCAUCGAUGGCAAGAUACUUGUAUCUGGAGGUUACAUUAAUAACGCCUACUCCAGGUCUGUGUGCUCUUACGACCCCUCCACUGACACCUGGCAGGACAAGAGCAGUCUGAGCACACCUCGAGGCUGGCACUGCGCCGCCACUGUGGGAGACCGCGCCUAUGUCAUUGGCGGAAGCCAGCUGGGAGGCCGUGGCGAGAGGGUGGACGUCCUCGCUGUUGAAUCUUACAACCCUCACAACGGGCAGUGGAGCUACUGCGCACCUCUUCACACGGGGGUGAGCACAGCAGGGAUUUCCAUUUUGAACAACAAGAUCUAUCUCCUCGGAGGCUGGAACGAGGGCGAGAAGAAGUACAAGAAAUGCAUUCAGGUUUACAACCCCGACCUCAACGAAUGGAGCGAGGAUGAUGAGCUGCCAGAAGCCACAGUCGGCAUUUCGUGCUGUGUCGUCACUAUACCGACACGGAAAACACGAGAGUCUAGAGCCAGUUCGGUUUCAUCUGCACCAGUCAGUAUAUAAAGAAUUAGAUGAUAACAACUUGUAGUUUACAUGUCCCAAGGUCUCCAGCUUGUCUGUUACACAAUCUCCUCAAAAAUGGUCCUUAGCUUUCUUUAUAUGAGCAAAGUUUUGCAAAGUUAUAUAUUACUUAUUGUAUAUUACUUACUUAUCACACAAAGUUGUAUACAUAAGCUAGGCCAGAUAGCAGUUGUGAAAGAGACAAAUUAGCUGUAGCAAAUUAUUAAUUUAUCUUUUUUUUUUUUUUUUUGGACAAAUCUAACUCUGGGGCCAAUUCAGCCAGGAUAAUUUUGUUAGCCCUUUUUUUCUACAGCAAAUGCAGUGCUAUUUAACACUCAAAUAAAAUAUAUAAAAAUUCACAAUUAGUCUUGAAAUUCACCUGCAACAUAACUCCUUUUUUUUUUGUUUUAACCGAGUUCCAUGGAAACAAUGUAUUGUCUGACAGUCUCUUUUAUGGUGAUUAUAGCUACUGUGAUUCUCAGAUACUUGAACAGAAUAAGAAGCUGGAGCUGGAAUAAAUGCUGGCGUCACCUACCAGGAGUAGGCGCUUGUGAUUGGUGUGUAAACCCACCACACAGCGAGACUGCGGUUUCUCUACGAGUGUCGUGUGGAGCAUUCUGCAGCCGCACACUGCAUGUUGUGUAAUCACCAUAAAUAGUAUUGCAGCAAAGAAAGCAGGUUGUGUUAGGAACAUGUUGAAAAGAUGAGGGCUUGAAUGAGUGUAGAUGUGAUGGUGAUACACUGUUUUGUAAGAAAAAAAAAAGAAAAAAAAAGGAAAAAAAAAAAACAAGGGAAUGAUGUUCAGAGCCUGAGCUUUCCUGGAAAUCAGUAUCUAUGGGUUCCCUGACUGCUCAUGUGUUUCCAUUUUUUCUUUGUUUUAAUUAAAGAGGAUAAGUAUAAGCUACUCUGAGCUGUGGUCAUUUAUUAAAACCAUUUCCAUUUCCAAAGCUUGGCUAACUUGUGCAUUAAAAGUGACACUAACACAAUAGAACAAAUAUCUUAUGUGGAAAGAAAUAAAAAAAACUGUUUAAACAGAGCAGAAAAUAACUGUUAGAGGUGUGAAGUCAUGUUUGCCUUUAGGACAGGCCCUUAAAGAGUCCAUCAAGGAAUGUUAGGUAUAUAAUAUGCUUGUUUAAGUUGCCUGUAGCACCAUGACUGGCUUCAAAUCUGUGAUUUCUCUCAUAUGACUCCAUACGCCCCCUCAAGGUCGCUGAGGUCCAGGGACCAGCUGCUCGUGGCAGUCCCAAAAAUUCAACUGAAAACCAGGUGUGACUGAUUUUAACCCAUUUUUAAAACACGUCUUAAAGUUAAUUUUCACUCCUAACUCAGAAUGAAAGUGUUGUGUUCUUACCUUGCGUUUGUUAUUGUUUUUAUUG